AUGCACUCGUGCGUCACGUUCGUGUCCAACGGCGACCCGCGCACGCGCUACCCCAACAUCGUGCGGCCCUACCAGCCCGUGCCCAGGCCGCCCAGGCCGCCGGGGAGGAGGACCUCGCUGAGCGCGGCGCUGUUCGGCGGCAGCAAAGGAGCAGAGUGCGGGGGCAGCACGCCGUACGAGCGGCUCACCCUCCAGCUGCACCAUGACCGGCGCUGGCGGCAGGAGGUGUCCCUGGGCAAGCGGGUCGGCCUGUACCGCCUGCGCGGCGACCUGGGCGCCGGCAACUUCAGCACCGUCAAGAUGGCCGUACACCAGCUCACCUCAGAGCGGGUGGCCAUCAAGAUCCUGGACAAGGCGAAGCUGGACCAGAAGACGAGACGCAUGGUGACGAGGGAGGUGGCCAACAUGGAGCGCGUGCACCAUCCCAACAUCAUCAGGCUGUACGAGGUGGUGGAGACCUACUCCAAGCUGCACCUGGUGUUGGAGUUCGCCGCGGGCGGGGAGCUCUACCACAAGAUCAGCACGCUGGGCCGGAUGGAGGAGGCCCAGGCCAAGGUCGUCUUCGGCCAGAUCGCCUCGGCCGUUCACUACUUGCACGGGCGCGGCAUCAUCCACAGGGACAUCAAGGCCGAGAACGUGUUCUGCGCGGGGCCCACGUUAGUCAAGCUGGGCGACUUCGGCUUCAGCACCGAGCUCACCUCAGGAAUGCAGCAGCAGCUUAACACGUUUUGCGGCUCGCCGCCGUACGCCGCCCCCGAGCUGUUCCGCGACGAGUCCUACCGCGGCCCGCCCGUGGACCUGUGGGCGCUGGGCGUGCUGCUGGCCUUCAUCGUGACGGGCCACAUGCCCUUCCAGGCGCCCACCGUCGCCUCCCUCAAGCGCCACAUCCUGGAGGGCCACUUCAGCCUGCCCGCGCACCUGUCGGACGAGUGCCAGGGGCUCAUCGAGGCCAUCCUGCGGCAAGCGCCGGCGGAGCGGCUCGCCAUGGACCAGAUCGUGGCGUCGGAGUGGCUCUGCGGCACGCCGAUCCCCAAGGUGCCCGACGACCAGGGCGACUGGGUGACGCUGCCCACCCGGGCCAACGGCCUGAGCACGUCGCCACCCGCCGAGGACGGCGCCAGCCCCGCGCCGCCGACGCCGCCGCCGCCCCUCUCGGACAUCGAGGUGCUGGCCCGCGAGCGGCUGGCCGCGCUGGGCAUCGGCGCCGCGCUGCUGCACGAGAACCUCGAGAAGGGCGUGCGCUCGCCCGUCAUCGGCACGUACCGCAUCGCCGUGCACCGCCUGCAGAAGCAGGCGUCGUCGCAGCCCGGCACGCCGGACGCCGCCACUCCGCACGGCGACUCCAACGGCCGCGGCGGCGCUGCAUCCGGGGACGACGGCCAGGGCGGCCAGGGCCACUGCCGGCACGCCCACUCCCACUCCCUGCAGGCCACCGCCGGCCAGUCCCUGUCCGGGGCGGCCAAGGCGGCGGGGGGCACGGCGACGGCCGGGGCCGCGCGGGGGCUGUUCCGGAAGGCCAAGUCGGCGGCCACCCCCAAGCAGCAGGCCAGCAACGGCCAGGUCACCGUGCGCUCCAGGACUUGUGUGUUGCUGUAACCGAUGACGCCUGAGCGGAAUGCUGGCCGAAAAGGAAAGAACCCUCCUCAAAUUUACGAAGUGCCGCUACUGUGUUGGGAUUCAAUUCCAGCCCCCCUCCCACACAGAGCUGAGCUAUUUCGUGUUUGGUCUCCUCACUUUAUUCACUUCGUAUAUUCUGAAACCUGAGCUGGAGAACGUUGCUGCGGGCAGCGGGCUGCUGUGAAGCACGUGCAAGUAUGAUUCGAUCUAUUUUACCGUACGAUCUCAUUGAUUCCAGGUCAUGGAUCGGUAGAUGCAAUGUAAUUUAAUGUUCAAGUACGUAAGGUGAUACAGAUAUCGUAGGCAAUAGGAAAAUUAGAACCACGAAUUACCAUAUUAUUUUCUAUGACGUAGAUUCGCAAAAGUAUCCAUGUCUGGGAAGGCCCGCCAUCGGCGCCAACAGUGCAAAUUGGAGUCGAAAAAGUUGCCCGCCCGACCGGCGCUAUAGCUCGCUAACCCCGUGUGAAUAUACAAUGUUUUUAUCUUAUAAUCUCUGCAAUGUUGGGGAGCACAGAGUAACCCCAUCCUAAAUUUUCAUCAGUCCGCUAGUCUUCAAUUCUCUUGACAGGAGGAGUGGCUUUCCAGAAAAAGAAAUUUGGAAGCAUGCCGGAAAUUAAUGUAGAAGCGUUUAAAUUGACUUACAUUCCACUAAUUAUCUUCUUGGAACAGUUUUCCUAGCUUUGAAUUACUGCAUAUUUAUCUAUGUAUUGAUGAGAAUGUAGGAAUCUUCUUCAAAACUUCAUUGAGAAAAUGUGAGAAGAUGGAAGAGACAAAACAGAGCUGUGAUAGAUAAUGAAUUGUCAAAACACAUCUAGUCAGUGUUUACAAUAUUUUUUUUUAUUGUCUGUUAUAUAUAAUAUAGAUGUGAGAUGUAUUUUUUGUUACAAUAAAAUAAUCAAUCUGACGAGUA